CUCGUGAAACACCAGCGCGUCCACACAGGAGAGAGACCCUUUAAAUGCUUCGAGUGUGGAAAGGGUUUUUCGCGGCAGUCCGUGCUUGCCAACCAUCACCGGAUCCACACAGGAGAAAAACCUUACGAGUGCAUGGAGUGUGCAAAACGUUUUGCUCAGAGGUCACAACUCAUCCGACACCAAAGGGUCCACACGGGGGAGAAACCUUAUAAAUGUCUGGAGUGCGGGAAGUGUUUUGCCCGUCAUUCGGUUCUCAUCAAUCACCAGAGAGUCCACACCGGAGAAAAACCGUACAAAUGCUUACAGUGUACCAAAUGUUUUGCCCGUCAGUCUGUCCUGGUGAGCCAUCAAAGAGUCCACACUGGAGAGAAGCCCUACAUGUGUCAGGAGUGCGGCAAACGCUUUGCUCAUCAGUCAAACCUUGUCAACCACCAGAGAAUUCACACGGGGGAGAAACCUUACAAAUGCUUGAACUGUGGGAAAGGUUUCGCCCAACAAUCCGAUCUCGUGAAACACAGGAGAAUCCACACAGGGGAGAAGCCUUACAAAUGCCCACAGUGUGGGAAGUCUUUCGCGAUCCAUUCAGAGGUUGUGACUCACCAGAGGGUCCACACAGGGGAGAAGCCCCACAAAUGCCCGUGUGGGAAGUGUUUCGCUCAGCGUUCGGCUCUCGUGAGUCACCAACGCGUCCACACGGGAGAAAAACCGUACAAGUGCCUGGCGUGUAAGAGAUGUUUCGCUCAGCUCUCCAAUCUUGUGAAACACCAGCGGAUCCACACAGGAGAGAAACCCUAUGAAUGCUUAGAGUGUGGGAAAUGUUUUAGGCGGCGUUCCCAUCUCAAGGUCCACCAUGGAGUUCAUUUGAGGAGUUUAGUAAACCUGGCUGGGAUAAUGGAAUAUGACUUUAGUCCACUGACAACAAUUCCUGAGAGUCACAUUAAGAAUUCAGUGACAUUUGAAGAUGUGGCUGUGUAUUUCACAGAGGACCAGGGGGCUCUGCUGGAUCGAAAACAGAGAACUUUGUAUGAAGAUGUCAUGGUGGAAAAUUAUGGGAUUGUGGCCUCGCUGGGUUUUCUAGCCCUCAAGCCUGCCCUUAUCUCUCAAAUAGAACAUGGGGAAGAGCCGUGGCUGCCAGAAAUCUCCAAACUGGAUGACACAGAGAUAUCUAACGCCAAUGCAGAUGAUUCUGUGGAAAACAGGUUGUUUCCUCGGCUGCACAACAAAUACUACAAUGAGGCGCACCAGAAACUUCUUGUGGGAAAGGAGUCCUUCCUGUGUGAGACCUGUGGGAACGCUUUUACUUGCUGGUCAGGCCCCACAACGCCACAGGGAAUCCACACCGCAGAGAGACCUUAUGAAUGUGUGGAGUGUGAGGAACAGGCUCAGCGAUCUUCUACCUUCAUGGACCACUGGAGGAUGAACCCAGAAGAAGAGGCCUGUGAGUGCCUAGACUGCAGGGGGAGUUUCCCAUGGUCCCCUGCUCUCGCCACGCACUGUCAGGGCAGGGUUGUCGAUGGGCACCACCACCACCACGUGUGUCUGGAAUGCGGAAAGUGUUUUGCUCACGCGUUGGGCCUUUUGAGCCACCAGAAGGUUCACCUCCAAGAGAGACAACACAAAUGUUUGCAGUGCGGGGAACAUUUUGCUGACCACCCGGCCUUCGUGAGGCACCAGAGAACCCACACGGGCAAAAAACCCUACAAGUGCCUCCAGUGUGGGAAGUGUUUCGCAGACAGGUCCCACGUGGUGGCUCACCAGAGGAUUCACAGAGGGAUGAACCCAUUCAAAUGCUCCGAGUGUGGGGAGUGUUUUGACCAGCACUCGACCCUCGUGAGUCACUGGAUGGUCCACACGGGAGAACAACCCUAUGAGUGCCUGGAGUGCGGCAAAUGUUUUCCUCGGCCCUCGUCUCUCGUGAAGCACUGCCGCAUCCACACAGCCGAGAAACCUUACACCUGCUUGGAGUGUGGGAAAUUCUUUGCCCAGCGGUCAGGGCUGGUCAAGCAUCAGCGCAUCCACACGGGAGAGAAGCCAUAUGCAUGCUCCGAGUGUGGGAAAUGCUUUGCGGACAGCUCCUCCCUCGCCAGGCACAAAAGGGUUCACACGGGAGAAAAGCCCUACAUGUGUUCCGAGUGCGGGAAACGUUUUUCAGACCGAUCCAACGUCUUGGCUCACAAGAGAGUCCACACGGGAGAGAAACCUUACAAAUGCCUGGAGUGCGGGAAGUGCUUCACUCACCGGUCGCACAUCGUGAAACACCAGAAAUUCCACAUGAAGGAGAAAAGUCUCAAAAUACCGGCCGCUCCUGGGAAAAACCACACAAACGUCACUGCAUUCUAAAACAGUCAAACAUGAACUACUCUGAGCCUUCUGAAGGACAGAAUUAUGUUUCCUGAACAGGGGUUUGGUAUCGAUUGCUCAUAACCGGGGAUACAAAAUUAUAGUUUUGUAAUAUCUCUGGUGUUUAACAUCUGUGGCCCACCCGUUAUUCUGCAUUUUAAAGGAUUUGGGGAUAGUUUUUAAGGGGCAGAAUGGAUGCCUUAAUUUUUGCAGAGGCUGUAUGCUCUUGACUAAAACCUUUGAUAUAAUGCAAAUAAAUAAAAAAUAAAAUCAGUGCUGGAUUUUCUGCAUCGUAAAGUUAUAUUUAAUUUCCAUUGAAAGCCCUUGGAUUUGACAAAAUACUG